ACCAUAAUCGAGAUAUUCGUCGUCUUGGGUUGUGAUCGAUUGGAAGGUUGCGCCGGUCGGUCGCUAUAUUCUGAUUGCACGCGCAAAAACAGGACGGAAAAUCGAUGAUGCGCAGAGGCACGCGGAGAGAAACGCCUCAUCCCUCCUACACUAGACCCUCCUCUCUCUCUCUCUCUCUCUCUCUCUCUCUCUCUCUCUCUCUCUCUCUCUCUCUCUCGCGGUGAUCUGCUCCUCCUCCGGUGCUCGCGGGCUCGGUAAGCGCGCGCGCGCCUUCUUUACCACCGCAGCGUCUCUCUCACGCGCAACACUUAUCCGGUCUGCCGUGUUCACGCUCCGCGCCCGGAGGUGCGCGUGAUAUCAAGAAGGGUAAAGUGAAGAAGUGAAAAUGACCACGGAGAAAGGUCCUGAGUCGGAGGUGAAGAAGACAACAGAGGAACCGUCUCAACAGAAAGUAUCCGCAGGCAGAAUGUCAGAGUCUUCUUCUGAUGGCAAAAUGGCCAAGCAGGACCAAGAAGGCAAAUGUCCAGACGAUCACAAAGAUCCGGACGAUGAUUCCGAACGAACGACACCAGGGAAGAGCCCCAAAUCGCCACAGAAGUCGUCCAAGCGCUUGAAGACUGUCCCCUUCAAGGUGACUCUCAUGGACAGCUCUGAUUACGAAGCUGGUAUUGAGAAGCACUGCAAGGGUCAGGCGCUGCUGGACAUGGUGUGUGACCAUCUCAACCUGCUUGAGAAGGACUACUUUGGCUUGACCUUCACCGACUCAGACAGCCAAAAGAAUUGGCUGGACCCCUCCAAGGAGAUCAAGAAGCAAAUGAGAACUUCUCCUUGGCAUUUUUCCUUCGCCGUUAAAUUUUAUCCUCCAGAUCCUUCUCAGCUCAUGGAGGACAUCACCAGGUACUAUUUGUGCCUCCAGCUGCGUGAUGACAUCCUGUCUGGUCGUCUUCCCUGCUCGUUCGUCACUCACGCUCUGCUGGGUUCCUACACCGUGCAGGCUGAACUCGGAGACUACGACCAGGACGAGCACGCCUCAGACUACGUCGGCGACUUCCACUUUGCUCCUAACCAGACCCGCGAGCUUGAGGACAGAGUCAUGGAGCUGCAUCGCACCUACAGGGGCAUGACGCCUGCUGAGGCAGAAGUGAACUUCCUGGAGAAUGCCAAGAAGCUGUCCAUGUAUGGGGUCGACUUACAUCACGCAAAGGAUUCCGAAGGGAUUGAAAUCAUGCUGGGCGUUUGUGCCAACGGCCUGCUGAUCUACCGCGACCGCCUGAGGAUUAACCGCUUCGCCUGGCCCAAGAUCCUGAAGAUCUCAUAUAAAAGGAGCAACUUCUACAUCAAGAUUCGCCCAGGAGAGUAUGAGCAGUUUGAGAGCACCAUUGGCUUCAAGCUGAACAACCACAGAGCUGCAAAAAGACUCUGGAAAGUCUGCAUCGAGCAUCAUACAUUCUUCAGGUUAGUGUCUCCAGAACCUCCUCCUAAAGGUUUCCUCGUGAUGGGCUCUAAGUUCCGGUACAGCGGGCGAACACAAGCGCAGACCAGGCAGGCCAGCUCCCUGAUCGAUCGUCCUGCGCCUCAUUUCGAGCGCUCCACCAGUAAGAGGCAUCUCCUCUCGCGCAGCCUGGAUGGAGAGUUCUCCAGGCCGCUGUCUACAAUGUUGGAACGUCAGGAUGCUGUAUCCCAGAGGAGUGAGACACAGUGUUUCUCAGGAGAUGAGGAUGGAGAACCUGACCUGAGUCUUGACCAGGACCAAGAAGAUUCUGGUGUCACCACCCCAACCAGGAAGAAAGAUAUUAAGUUGGACACGGAGUCGACUCCUCGACACAAACAGGAGUUUCUGGAUAAAUCAGAAGACAUGCUGCUGAAGCACCAGGCAAGCAUCAAUGAGCUGAAGCGAGCCUUGAGGGAACCCAACAGUAAGCUUAUUAACCGGGAAAAGCGACUCUCAGCGACCUCACCGGGUGACACGCCCGAGAAAAAGGCUGAGGCAAUUGGAGCAGGUGGAAGGGAACCUAUUAACAGCCUUUCAAUGGAGGACAUCAUCCAGAAGACAUUGGUGAUUUCGCCCGAGGGUUCUGAGGAGUGGGUGUUAAUUGAAAAACAGAACACUUACCAACUUGACUAUGAAAUGGAAGAGACAGAUAAGAGCAAAGCCAAUGUUUCUCCUCUGCCUUUGGUUGCUGAAGUACCUUUAGAACGAAGAAUGAUUCACAUUGAAGUAACUGGUGAAGAUGGUAAAGAAAUGCAGGUUCAGAUGGACACCUUUCCAUCUCCUAAGACGCCAGAAAACGAUGAAUCAAAGUAUGGGAUUGGCCUGAGGGAAGACCAAGUACAAGAGGUGUCGACUGAACCAAAGACCACAGAAACCAAGGUGGUCAAAUUACAAGAAUCAAAAGAGGAAUAUACUUCAGACAAACCGCAUAAAGAAAGGAGACCACAGAGUCUGAAUUUGGGAAGACAGGAAUUUGUUUAUGAAUCUAAAAACAAGACCUCAAACAUACAGCAAGAGGAAUCUGAUGAAGACAAUAAUACAUCUGGAAAAGAGGUGACACCAACCAGGAAACCAGGAAUUGAAAGCUGGUCAGAAAACCUGCCUGAGAAGAUAGAGGAACAAAUGAAAGAAAGGCCACUAAAUGAAGAGAAGGAAAAGGAGCUUAACAAAGCCAUUGAAGAAAAUCCAGCAAAUCCUGUUCUGGACAAGUCAGGGUUCGAUGAUGCCAAACGACAAGCAAGCGAUCAACUAAAGGAAGUGUUGGUUGAUUUGAAGAGCAUUAAUGUUGAUGAUCAGCAAGAUGGUUCUGACUCAAUCAAUGGGCCCAUAAAAGAUGAGGUUAAAAGAAGAUCAGAGAUCAAGUUUGAGGUUACCAAAAUCAUUAUGAUCGACAACAGUGAAAAUGAAGAGGAGCCAGAGAAUGAAUACAACCAGAGAAUGGAUGAAUUUGUGGCUGAAAAAAAGAUUAGCAAUAUUGAACAGGAGAGUCUAGAAGAGGUGCUUGCAGAAAAGGUGCAGCGAAGGACAAAGGUUGCAGGGCAUGUUCAUACCGAAAUAACAAGGAUCGUCCCAUUGAAACCAGAGAGGGCAAGGAGUCAAGAGUACAGAGAUGAUAUAGAUAUUGGUGAAGAAUCGAGACAGAUAAAAAGACAUUUUAAAAGACAUAGCAUGUAUGAAUCUCUAGAGAGACAAUUUGACCCAAGCGGGUUUGAUUCCAGAGACACAAGCUCUUCGUAUACUCUAUUUACUUCCAACAAAAUCACCAGAUCUCAAGAGGCAUCACCUUUACCCAUGGUGGAAGUAGAACAUGACAUCUUGAGCACCAAUGAGCAGCAAUCAACCAUGUAUAGCGAGUGUCUGCACAAAGGAAAUACUAUUCCGUAUGAAGAGUUGAUUAAAUAUACCCCUAAAGCAGGGUAUGAAGGUUUUCCCCAGUCUGAUGAAGUGGCCAUGGAAGUUCAAAUGUUCUCCUCCAAGAACCAAGCACUGCAGAAAAGUGGACCUCCAACUCCUCCAGUGAAAACCAAGAAGGCCAGAGAGUCAGGACUGAUCCUAAGAAAUAGCCGUAAUACCAGCAAAGAGCCUGCACCAGAAGUUUUGAAGAAACAGCAUGGGGAGCCUCUUUCCACUCCUGCCAUUUACGAAGAGACAAUAGAUGAAGUCAAGCGAAGGCCACUGUCUGCCAGUGAAUACGAGUACGAUCGUAACACAGCAGUGACUCUGAGGGAUGCCCACCUGGGCAUCGAGCGUAAGUGCUCCAGCAUGACGGUCAGUUCCACUUCCAGCCUAGAGGCCGAGGCCGACUUCAGUGCGUUCAUGGAACUUCAUGGUGGACUGGAGGAGUCUUCCAGGAGCAUGGCUGAGCACGGAGUUUCGGAGGACUUCAGCAUCACCCGCAUCACAGGAUCUCAUGAUGGGCUGCUCACAAAGGAGAGAGUACAUGAAGAACACAUCCACCAUGAAGUGGAACCUCCGCCUGUGGCCAAGAAAGAUAGGACCGCAGUGAGCAUGGCGCAUAUGCUGAGAAAAGGAGACUCCACUGUGGAACCUCAGUCCAAUGGUUCUGGGCUUCCUCACAUUACAGACUUCCCAGAUCAGCAGCCUGUGCAGGAGCUGGGUGACAGUGAUGGUAACUGUGAGGAGACCGUAGUCUCCGACAAUGAUGUCAUCCAGCCACAGGAGGGAGAUCCGAUGCAGAAACAGAGCAGGCUAAAGGAAGCAAAAGAGAACGGCUCACCUAUUAAAACGGGCAGCACUGGGAAGGAAUUUAUCAUAUCUCCCAUCAGCAACGAAAACGUCACUUCCACAACUACGACACAGGUCACGAAGACGGUUAAAGGGGGAUACUCUGAGACAAGAAUCGAGAAACGGAUCAUUAUCACAGGAGACGAUGCUGUGGACCAACAUCAGGCUCUCGCGAUGGCAAUACAAGAAGCCAAACAGCAGCAUCCCGACAUGCUCGUGACCAAGGCUGUAGUGGUCAGAGAAACAAACACUUCCUCUGAGGAGAAACACAGGACAUCCGAGUCCUGAUCACAGACUCAUCAGACUCAUCUGGAGAAAGGAGCCUUACCUUCAACCCCACCUUCUACAGCCAGCUACAAGAGGCUAACCGAUGCUACUUAGACGAUCUCGCACCCCGAACACACCCCGGCCUCUGGCUCCUCCUCCCUUAGACUCUGAUGUCAUAACCCCAUCAAUGCAGUGCACUUCCCCUAAAAUCGACCUUUUCGACCACCACACUUCUCUUUCACUCCUCUGUUCACUCUUCUACCCUGAACUGUAUACAUGUUGAUAGCAAUCUCCAGUUUAGUCUCUUAAACUGUGAAUAGCAGAAACUUCCUAAAACUCUGGGGUUAAAAACAAAAACAAACAAACGGAAAGUAACCCAGCACUUGUCUUGUGUGUGCCGUCGGCGUCGUCUGUUUCAUAAAUUUACAUCUGGAUCCUUGCUCUAAAAUACCCAUAAUCCUUCAUAUUUACUGUGGAAUACUUCUUUUUGUACUUCUUUUACGCAUGACUUUAGAAGAGAUCGGACGCAGCCGGGAGUCACGCUUUCACUGUUUCUGCUUGCUGUCACUUAUACGAUGCUCACCUGCUGUCUUUUAUAUAUAUAUAUAUAUACACACACACACACACACACACACACACACACAUAUAUAUAUAUAUAUAUAUACCGAUAUAUAUAUUUAUAUAUAUAUAUAUAUUUAAAAUAGAUUAUCAAAAAGUGUUUGCUUGUUAAUUACAACUGAGCGUAUUUAUCGAUUAUAAACAUACAUAUGCAUGAUUAGCUGGUGUUGAUGGAUUAAGAGUGCGAUCUUUGAUGUCCAGCUAGUUGCAUUUUCAGAUAAUAAUAUUAAUCAUGGACAUAACAUUCGUAAAGUCCACUCAAAUGCCAUGCAGAUUAAUUCUAUACACGUGUCAUGCAUUGCAAAAAAAAAACAAAAACAAAAAAAAAAACAAUCAAAAAAAUCCCUUUUUUCUUUCUUUUCGUUUUCAUAGCGUCGGUUUCCCGAGUGCCCGAACCCCGGCGUGUUUUACCGUAUCCUUACUGAAAGAUAAUAAUCAGAAUAAUUAUAAUGAUAAUUAUUAUAAUAAGAGUUAUAUAAACCGUAUCUAGAGUUACAGCAAAAGAAUUUAGGGGGGGAAAAGAUUUUAAUAUAAAUGUUGUAUCUAAAAAAAAGUUGAAGUGAUGUUUUAUUUUUAUUUGAUAAAAUGUACGAGUGAGAAAGAUAAAUAUAUAUAUAUAAAAAUAUUUAAAUGAAUUGUGAACGUGAGAUUGUGGGUUUUCUCCCUGCGCCACUGACUUCCUUUAUAAUGCAGACAUAAAGCCUGGCUUCAUAAAGGAGGAAGAGAUGUUCGAAUAACUUCAAAUCCACUUUAUUUGACUAGAAAUUGGAAAGACGCGUUGUAAAAUUUACUCGUGCACAAUCGGUUAAUAGUUUUCUGACACCUUGCUUUUUUUGUUUUCCGAGUUGUUUCAUAAUGCUGAAUCAUCGCUGAAUCCAAACAUGCCUUAAAGCUGAAUAAGAGAUAUUUCAGGAUUAAAGAGAAUACUCAAAACCGGCUCACUCGCACUCGCACUCUCACUCCCUCUCGCGCUCGUACUCAUGCUCUCUCACUCUCUCACUCUAUCUCACUAUUUACUUCCUUAUGCGAUCAACUGAAACUGCGAGGAAUCGACCGUCACAUAGUUAUGAUCUUAGAGCUACACUAAUUACAAUAAACCAAUUAGAAAAAAAAACAUUUUUUAAUAUUAAAGAUUUACAUAAGCAGUAAUAACUAAUAAUAUGAACGGUGGCUUCAUGAUUAGAACGUUUGGGGUCGGGGUCGUGUCGGGGGUUCGAUGCCUGUCUCCGCCCAAUGUUCUUCCUGUGGGUCUCUGGGUGCCCGGGUUUCCAUCUUUAAUCCACGGACGUGUGUCGUAGACUGAUCAGAUUGGUGUCUCUAAAUUGUCUCUAGUGUGUGAGAUUGGGCUCUGAGAUAGUUUGGCCCCCAGCUUGUGCGGCAACUCCAGCUUCCCUGCAUGAUCUGAACACGGAUGUUAGGUUUAACUGUAAUCACAUAAAAUGAACAAAUACAUCUAUUUGACUACGGUUUAUCCGAGAGCUUUAAAAGAGCAUUUUUCCCCCCAGUAUUUUGGCCAUUGAACCUCACAUUUUACUCAAAUAGUAACAAACAUUAAAUAGGUUUCUAACACAAUAUUUAUGUGUUCAGAGUUAAAUUCCCUCUAAAAUGCAUGCGAGAGCGACCAUAUAUUUUCCUUUAAUAUUUGUCCCCCAUCAAAAAUUAGAAAACAUGGCUUAAAGUUUUUUUUUCUUUUCUUUUCCUUUUCUUUUUUUUUUAAAUUAACAAGUGUAUUAAAACUUUCUCAAAAUUUAUUAUUGUAAUUUUAUGAUGAUAUUCUCUUCAAACCAACCCUGGUUUGUAUUUCUUAAAUUCACGACUAAAACCUGAAAGUGCAUUUUUAUUCUUCUCAAUAAAUUUGCUUCUUAUUUUCUAUUUAAUUCAUUACAUAAAAUAAUACAUCGUUAAGUUACGUCGUACUCUUUAGUCUGUAUACUUUAACAGCGUCAGUGAUCCUUAAAUUACUUUACAAUAUCUGUUUGUUUAAAGCUAGACAGGAUGUAGUUGUCAUGGUAACAAGAAAAAUACAACUUUAGUACCUGUAUUUUUGACAGUGUGUCAUAUUUCACAUAGAACGAUUCAAAUCCAAACUGAAGAUCCUUUUUCCAGACGAGAAAACAGAAGCUGAUCCUUAUUUUUGCGGCGUUUUCCUCUUUUAUUAUAAUUUAUUAUUAUUUCUAUAUGCUCGGUGUCCCCAAACUUUUGCCCUACAGCGCAAACUCCUUCCAAUAAUAAAUGAUCCUGUCCUGUAGUUAUAAUGCAUCUCUUUUAACUACAGAUUUAAAACAAAUGGUUCCUUACAAACAUCACGUAAAAACUGCAAUUCGGCGAAAAAACAUAGACAAAUCUUGCAUUCGAAAGCUUCACACACUCACCUCCGUCUUAGGCCACGGCUUUCUGUUUCUCUUAUGGUUAUGGUUUUCUCGGGGAUGAGAAGUGUCUCACGUCUGCUGUUGUAGUUGUGUGUGUGUGCGUGUGUGUGUGUGUGUGUGUGUGUGUGUGUGUUUUUUUUUUUUUUCAUUUUUAUAGCUGAUUAUUUUCAAAGUCUGUCAUCACUGGAGUUCCUGAAUCAUGUUUAAAGACUAUAUGAAAUGUCACCAGGCUUCCACAGAGUUGUGUUUAAUACACUUUUAUUUUUAAUUAUUAUUAUUAUUAUUAUUAUUAUUAUUAUUAUUAUUAUUAUUAUGUUGGCUAUUUGCUUGUGUUUCAGAAAGUGAUGGUCUGGUUGCAUUUAAAAAGCAAAAUGCAAAAUGCAAAAAAAAAAAAAGUGCACUUGUAUGGUUUCUGCCGAUUUGUUCGAAAGUAAAAUUCAAACCUGAAGUCUGGAUCUGAUGUAUAAAUGCAAUCGAGGUGUAAUUUAAUGUCUGUCGAGUCUGUGGAGUGUCUUUAAAAAAAAAAAAAAAAUCGGGUGCCUUACUGUCAGAGUCACUGCCACUUGCGGCAAAAGACGAACAGUUUUUCAGUAUUUCAUCAGCGGGAAUAAAGAGAUAUACAGAUAUAGGAUGGAUAUACUGUAAAUGCACUGAAGUAAGGCAAAGUGCCUUGUAUAUAUUUGGGCAGAGAGAUACUCUGUUUUUCUCUUUUCUUUUAACUCUUUUCUUUUUAUUCGCAGCCCAUAAUGUUGAAAAGUUUAUAAGGUGUUUAUAACACAUGCAUAACCGUUGUAAAGCAACGCUGAUGGAUUAUUAAUUUUUUUUUUUUUAAAUGAAAGCUAGUUAAAGUUAAAUCUCGAUAGCAUUAAGCAUUCUAAUCCUCUCUAAAACAACCCAUGUUCUAGUCUUCUACAGUACAUUAGAACCUUCAGGGAUUCCUUCUGAGGUAAAAUACAACAUCAUAUGGCCUCGAGAACCCAAACAUUUCUCUGGCUUGUUUGUCCGGAAACAUCUUUAAAGGUUUCGUGUAGAACCUUCGAACAGCCACUUUCCUUCUUAGAAAGGACUUUAGAUGCGUUUAACCCGAAACCAUCCAAAGGAACCUUUGAUCGCAUUCAUAAAGCUUCUCUGAAGUUGUCCUUAAUAUCACACCUUUCAGGAUCAAAUUUAGAACCCUGUCUGGAUCUCUUACUAUUUUUGAAGUGAAGAACAUUUCUUAGAAGCAAAGAAUCCUUUUAAUACUGUACUGAGUUCACAAACAAACGAUUUUGAAUUAAAAACACAUAAGUAUAUCGGGGGGGGGGGGGGGUUCUUUACAUGGGUAAAGAUUCUUGGCUUUCCAAAUAAUUUCACUGAAAUCCUCCGUUGUUGUAUUCUGCAUCGAACCUUCAUACUGUAGGUUCCACAUGAGCUACAAACCGUAGAACCUUAAUGAAACCUUUUUCAUGCAGUUUGAGUUGUUUAUAAAAACAAUUCUUGGCUAGUGUUUUUGUGUUAUCCAUCAUAAAGCCUUAAAGUGUUGCCCAAUCAUACAUUUAUUUUUAUUAUCCACCGAGCCAUAUAAUAUCCAAAGAACACACAAAGAACCUACUGUAAUGUUCACAUUUAUAAAGCAUGUGAAUCAUCUUAUUAGGUUGUGCUUACUAGAAUAUUUUCAUUGAAGUUUAAUCGAGAACUGCAGUAUUAUCUGUUUUGUCUGAUUGGAAAAUGUACAACUAACAACUAAUUAUUUUCUCUCUUAAAACGAAAGGUUCCAGGAAGAAGCAAAAAGCUCUCCAUAUACAGUAGAACCUUUUAGUAAAUGCUUCUUAAAAAAGACAAUUUUUUUCCAUAGUCCUGUAAAGAUCCUUUUUAUAGUCAAAAGAUCCUUUUGUGCAAUGGAAACUUUCCAUGGAUGAUAAAGAUUUUUUUUUUAUUUUUUAUACAACCAUAGACACUAACAAACAACCAUGUCGGAACCUUUAUUUGUGAGAGUGUAUGGUCAAAAACUCCACAAAGAAUCCAUGAGGAACCAUGACACUUAUGAGACAUCUUCUCCGAUGUGCAAUCUUUAAUGGACUAAAUAAUAGGAUACACCACAUACAGUAAAUAUCACCGCCCCUCACAAAUCCAUCAGUACUGCUUUCCAAACAGAUCCUACAGCACUUAUAAAUGUGUUAUAAAGCCCUAUGUACCCUUGUGUUAGAGAUGUUAUUUUGUCUAGCAUAUAGCUGAGUGCAUGAAUCUCCAGCAUUUAAACAAUAAGAAUGAAGCCUACGCUACAGAAAAGUCCUGUUCCACUUCAGCACCUAAUGACCUGUGCAUGGCAUGAAACAUAGACCCUUCUGAGACUCUUAUCCUUCUCCAUCACCUACUUCUGGUUCUUCAUAGUCGACCCUGUGCUUGAUGGCGUGUUUCUGCUGUAUGUGCAUUCAGUCAAUAAAUUCCUCAAUCCAA